AUGCCUGAAAUCAAAUCCAGUCAGCGGUUCCAUAGCCUGAAGCCUGAGCAAGUGGCAGUUCUCCAUCAGGUUCUGUCAGAUAUUGUUCCCAUCCACGGCCGUGGGAACUUUCCAACACUGGAGCUUCGCCCUCGAGAUAUCAUCAUUGCUGUACGGGCUAGUCUGCAGAAGCAGGGCAUUGUAGUAAGAGAUGUGCGUCUAAAUGGCUCCACAGCCAGCCAUGUUCUGGUCCAAGACAACAGACUGAGCUACAAAGACCUGGAUAUAAUUUUUGGAGUGGAGCUGCCCAGUCAAGAGGAGUUCCAGGUGAUCAAAGAGUCAGUACUUGGUUGCUUGCUUGACUGCCUGCCAGCAGGGGUCAACAGAGAGAGGAUCAGCAGUGCCACAAUGAAAGAAGCCUACGUCCAAAAGAUGGUGAAAGUUUUUAAUGAACAGGACCGUUGGAGCCUUAUCUCAUUGUCAAACAACAGCGGCAAAAACCUGGAGCUCAAAUUUGUAAGCAUGCUGAGGAGGCAGUUUGAGUUCAGCGUUGAUUCCUUCCAAAUCAUUUUGGAUCGCCUUCUUGAAUUCACUGAACAGAGCGAAACUCCGCAGGCAGCAGGCUGUGUCCCAGCUGUCGAGGUUCUGGCUGAGAGCAUGUAUGGCGACUUUGAUGCCGCCAUGGACCACUUGCGUUACCGCUUAAUCGCAACAAGGAAUCCUGAGGAGAUCCGAGGUGGCGGCUUGUUGAAAUACAGUAACCUACUGGUCAGGGACUAUCGACCGGCCAGCGAGACUCAAAUAAAGUCACUUGAGCGAUACAUGUGCUCACGCUUUUUUAUUGAUUUCCCGGAUGUGCAGGAGCAACAGAGAAAGAUCCUAUCCUACUUGAAAAAUCACUUCAUUGGUGAAGAGAGAAGCAAGUAUCAGUACCUAAUGACGCUACGCCGUGUGGUUGAUGACAGCACUGUGUGUUUGAUGGGCCAUGAGAGGCGCCAGACUCUCAACAUGAUCACAGUGCUAGCCCUGAAAGUUCUAGGGGAGCAGAACAUUAUCCCCAACACGGACCAUGUAACAUGCUUCUAUCAGCCUGCUCCAUACCUCGCCGAGCAUAACACUCCCUAUCUAACAGAACCCAGUUAUUGCAGCUACUACAUACCCCAGGGAGGAUCAACUCUCCUUUACCAACCGUACCCCUUACACUUACACACACAGACAGGAUUAGUUUAA